AUACAACAAAAAAGACAUAUUAGUUUUCUGUUUUUUUUUUUUGUUUGUUUUAAUUGCUCGUUGUUCACAUUUAAGUUUUCAAAAUGAAAUUAUUUUUAUGUGCCAUUGCUGUGGUGACGCUCUGUGUAGCGACAACAAAUGGCGCUGGCGCUGCCUUCGAGUGUCCCAAGCCGAACGGUCAGUUCGCUGACGAAGUGCAAUGCGACAAAUAUUAUUUGUGCGAAGAUGGCGUCGCCAAGGCAAAGCUCUGUCCCGAUGGCCUUGUCUUUGAUCCAUUCAACCGCAAGAUCAACAAGUGCGAUCAGCCCUUCAACGUCGACUGCGAGGAUCGUACAGACUUGCAGGAACCCAAGGCGACCACUUACUGUCCACGCAAGAACGGUUUCUUCGCCCAUCCCGAGCCACACAUCUGCAACAUCUUCUACAACUGCAUCGAUGGCGAUGCUCUGGAGAUGAAGUGCACCGUUGGCCUCCACUUCGAUGAGUACUCCGGCACUUGUGUGUGGCCCGACACAGCCAAGCGUGAAGGUUGCGGCAAUCUCGAGAAAAAAUCUGAGAGCGGUUUCUCGUGCCCCAAGGAUCAGCCCAAGACUGAUGUGCGCGGUCAGGUUGUGACACAUCCCAAGUAUGCGCAUCCCACCGAUUGCCAGAAGUUCUAUGUCUGCCUCAACGGCGAUGAUCCUCGCGAUCUGGGCUGCCAGCUUGGAGAGGUUUACAACGAUCAGACUGAGAUGUGUGAUGCGCCCGAGAAUGUGCCCGGCUGUGAGGAUUGGUACAAGGAGACCGAUGACAAGAAGGAUUAAGCGAUCCACCUAAAUUGUCCCCCCCAAAAAAAAGCAAAGCAAAGCAAAAAAAAGAAAUACUUGGCGUGCCACCCGCCGUCCACGCGCGUCUUCUACAGUUACCCGACAAACGCAAAACAAAAUACAGAACAAUUACAGAUACACUUCCCUCACUCCCCAAACUCACGGACACACACACUUGGACAGACCCGGAUACGGAGCUGGAGACACCACAGGAGAAGGGGACGCGCGUCGUAGUCACUUAAACUUAGUAGUUGCAAGCCUAUUUCCUAUAGCGCGUAUGUGUAGCACUUAAAAACAACUCUGAACUUCUCGUUACUCGUUACUUUUAACGUUUUACUCGCGACUCGUCACUAUCUAUUCUCUCUCUCUCUCUCUUUCUCUUUAUUUUUCACUCGCUACUUUUCUUUACUCUUACCUUUACUCUGACUUUUUACUGCCAUCUUCCUUACUAUUUCUAUAAAUUUAUUUCCCUUUUACUCUACGAAUCGUUGUGUAUAUAUUUCCUCUAUAAUUUCAAAUAUUAAUUAAUAUACAAAAACAAAACAAAAUCAACAAAAAUAAACUUUUUUGACAAACUAUCUAUCUUUCUGUUUCUCUAACUUCUUCUAUCUAUCUGCUAUGCUCUUCUAUUUAAGUGUAUUAUAAUGUUUUUUUUCUAUGCUCAAGCUAUUUUUCAACCGUUUUCAAUAGUAUACUGCUUUAAGUUUCACUUUAAUUUAAGAAAUUCGAGUAAUCUUCAUUUCAAGAAAUUUCUUUGCAAAAAACUUUUAUUUUCUACCUAUUUUUACCUUUCUCUUGCUCUUUUCUAAUAAUUACUGAGUUACUUUCUAUUAUUUUCUCAAUCUGUAACUUAAAUUUCUUACUUUUCCUUUAUGCUUCCUAUAUUUCAAGGUUUGCACUCGAUUUUCUACUUGAUUAUCUAUCUACUUAGUAUAUUUCAAUGUUUCCACUUGACGUAUCUAACUACUCACUUCAUUUUAAUGUUUCCACUUGACGUAUCUAUCGACUCAACGUUUUCCUCUUGAUCUUUAACCUUUCGCUUUCAGUCUUCACAAUUCCUCGUGUCCGUUUCUGUUUCCCCUUUUAAGUGCUAUACUAUAAUGUCGCAUAUUAAGUAAAUUGUUUUAGAUCGGAUCGAUCAUAUUCAUCGCAUACACACACACACAUUCACACAGUACUCAUACUCACAUCCAUUUGCCAACACUCAUUUUGAUUAAAUAACAAGACUUGAAAUUA